AUGGGCUUGCUUCUCAUCCAUUUGGCUGUCAUGUCUUGCAACAAUGUCUCCGUCACCUUCCUGAACCAUACACCCGGCCACUUCUCGAUGAACUUACAAGUCAUACCGCUAAUCUUAUGCAAGAUCAAUUUGGGAACUAUAUCGUCCAGUUCAUUCUGGAAAACGGAUUGCCUUGCGACCGAUCGUCCAUUCUUACUCAGCUUCGGCGGGCGCGUGCUAGCAAUGGCUUGCCACAAGUUUGCCUCCAACGUCUGUGAGAAGGCGAUGAUCUUUGGUGACUCAGAUGGUCGCAAGGCGAUAAUCGAAGAACUGAUGGGACCGGCUUUGCGACCUGAUGGCCUGACACCAAUCGGGUUGCUCAUGAAGGAUCAAUACGGCAAUUAUGUUCUCCAGCGAGCGCUUGCAGUAGCGGAAGGCGAGCAGAAAGAGGCUCUCACCAAUGCUAUUCGUCCCCAACUGGCCACUAUGCGCAAACAUGCUGCUUACAGCAAACAUCUUGCCUCUAGUGCGAUUUUCUUCCACUUCUCAUCCUUCUGA